CAAGCAACCCACUAGCCAAUUGUCAAAACAAAUCAUUGGUUUUCUCUUAAACAGUCGCCUGCAUUUAAUUAAUAAUAUACACGUCAAUUAUGGAGACGACUUCUCCACCAAGGCGCGGCAAAAAGAAGCGAAAAACUCACACCACACGCGCAUAUCGCAGAUGUGAGCAGGAGGUCGAAUCAAUGCUGAGGGAAACCAAGUACGAAGAUGGCGGCGGGCAGGAACUCGAAUUGGAGGCACGAAGCCUGCAGUUCUUUCACGGUGCAGACGAUGCGGCUGUCGGAGAGCGGGAGACAUCCAUCCAGGAAACAACACAGGAUGAGGAGGAGGAGGAGGAGGAGGCUGAGAGUGACGGCGAGGCGGCCACAGAACGCAAAGAUUCGCCGGCCCAAACAUACAUAGACAUUGAGCUGCAGGAGCCGCCGCUGGUCUGGCCAGGGCUGCACAAGCAGGUGCACUACUAUGACGACAGCUUGCUGUACAGGCCCGCCAAUGCCGUGCACUUUCAACUGCAUCUGAGUGACUCCAGUGCGAAGCCCGCCCAAAUACGCAUGCUGAACCGCUUCCAGGAGCAGGCGAAGGGCGAUGCGAGCGAGCUUAACUCCGACCUAGUGUCGGACCUGUGCGAUGAGAGUGUUUCCCAAUUCGUGAUGGACAGCCGCCUGUACCGCACUUUCAGCGACAGGGAGUUCCACGGCAUUUUCCUUGCACCGGCAGCGAUCGGCCACUUCGAGGGCAUACCCACGCGUCGCUGCCUCACGCUGACGUUCAAGCAACUCCGCUUCAGUGCGCAUCCCCUGCUGCUGACCGAGCACCGAAUGGCGCAGCAGCUGGACGAUCUCUUCAAUCAGUAUACCGAAAAUCGCAGCGGUCAGGUCUGCCAAAAGCUGAAGGAGCAGCUCGACAUUGCCCGUCAGGUGGCGGCCAAGCUCCUCCUCUCCCCUCGCCCCGAGCUGACCGACGAGAUUCGGCGUCAGCUGCGCCUCACACAAAAUCUGCGCCAACGCUACUACGCGGAAGCCACCGCCGAGCGCAAACUCUCGCUACGCCUGCUCCGCGACUGGGCCAAACUGAAGGCGCUGCGCAGCGAGCAGAACUUCCAGUGCACCCGCUUUCAGCUGAAGCUGCACGUUGGCCAUCCCCCCAACCUGCAGUCCUCCCACUCGGAAUGGAAGCAGCAGUUCGAGGACGAUCUUGCCGAGGUCUAUCGCGAGCAGCUGGAACUCUUCUACUGCCGACGACGUCAGUGGGGCGAAGCGAUGGCCGAGGGCCAAUCCCCAUCGAAGCCGCCACGCAAGCCGAGCUUCGAGAAGCUAAUGGCCAGCCUCCAGAAGGACUACGAGCGUGCCUUCAGGCAUCCCGAGGAGCCCUACGUCGAUAUUGUGCGCCUUUAUGCGGACGAGGCGGCUGUGAAGCUCUUCUUGCCAGCCAGCGAGCAGCUGGCCAAGCGACGCAACCGCAGCUACUUCAUGAGGCUCUACCUGGACGAUCUGUACGUGGGCCAGACCAGGAGCUACCGCCUGGAGGAGGAUCUGCAUCUGUACAUGAACGAGAGCAUCGGAGUGCUCCUGGAGCGCACGCUGCCGCAGAAUCUCAACAUUUGGCUGUACGAGAAGUCCACGCUGACCCAGCAGGGUCGCCGUCUGGCCGUGUUGAGGACGAAGUUGGAUCUCAGCCGCAAGGAGAAAGCGGUGCCCCUAACGCUCAGCUUCCAGGCCUUCCCAUCUUCGCCCCAGAUGGCCGGAGAUGUCCGCUUGUACUACGACUAUGCGCCCACAGAGGUGCGUCAGGGAGUCAACGAUUUGGAUGACAUCCAACCACUGCCCAAUGAACUGCUCCGCACUCUGAUCCCCCCGAGACUUCCUGCGGUAGCUGCCAUCGCUGCCAACGCAGAGCCGGCCACACCCAUAGGCCCAUGCCACAGGCACAGGAAGAACAAGGCGCCCGCUGUGGUGUUUGCAGAGCAGCAGCUCCAGUUCUGUCCCAUCAGCACGCUGCUCAGCAACAAGCGGUUCCAGCUGCUCCGCUCGCGGCACCAGCAGCGCAACCUGCACACCAAGCAGCUGCGCUUUGUGCCCGCUUUGGAGCAGGAGUUGGAUGACGAGGGGGAGGCUCUCUCCACUACUGGCGACUCGAGUCGGCUGCUGGAUCCCGGCACCUUCUGGAAUCCCAUCGAUCUGCACAAGCAUCGCGGCUACAAGUUCCUGAAGCUGCUCUACGAGGUCAUCGGAAACCAGAGCGCCCGUCGUGCCAAGGCCCAGCAGUCGGCGCAUCCCCUGCUGUUUCUGGCCGAGGGCUUCGAUCUCUCACUGGCCACCGGAUGGACCUCGCUCUGGCGUGCCUUCUGCUCGCUCUUCCAGGGACAAUCGACGGCGAUGAUACGCGAGCCAGCUGCCUGGCAGCCGCAGGCCAACCACGAUCAGUUCCAGCACUUUGUGGUGUCCCUGCAUGUGGUGAGGGCCACUGGGGUCCCGGUGCGCAGCCGCCACCUCAUGAACCUCGAGGAACUGCCCAACUCCGGGACAGAUAUGUGCAACAGUCUCUUUGUGACGCAGACUCUCAUGUACUCCAAUGUGCGUCCGUUUGUGUCGUUGAGCUAUGGGCAACGGCUGAGCCGCAGUCGCACGGCCGAGGGCAGCAAUCCCACCUGGAACGAGGAGCUGCAAUUGCAGCUCCACGGCUACCAAAAGGAUAUGCGCGAGGAUCUAAAGAUCAGCCUGUUCGACGAGCUAAUCGAGCAGCAGGCCGGCGACGAGGCAUCCGAUCUGUACCAGCGCGUCCAAUGCAAUUGGCUGGGCGAGUACCGGGUGCCGAUCAGCAGUCUCCUGGCCAGCGGCAAGUUUGAGGGAUGCAUUGAGCUGGUCGUGCCGAAGGUGCUGAUCGGCUACAGGCGACCCCUGAUCGACUCCGUGACGAACAUGCCCGCCGAUCAGUAUCCCGAGUUCAAGGAGUCUGUGCAUCUCUGGUUCUACCUCACCAUCGAGCCGAACCGCUGUGACCUGCCGCCCCUGCCCACGAAUGCGCUGGCCUGUGCCGAGACGGUGGAGCUGCAGGCGUACCUGAACGAGCGCCGCAUGGAGCUGCAACAGCUGCUGCCCCAGCCGCAGCGCUUUGUGGAGCCUCUGGUCUGCACGGCCUUGGGCAAGCGGGUGUGCGUGACGCGGCUGCUGGAGCAGGUGCCGCUGCCAGAGGCGGUGGCCACCAGCAAGAGUGUCCUGGAGAGUGCCUGCCGCUUUGUGGCCCUGUUGUGCCAUCUGCGCAGCUACGAUCCCUGCCUGGGCUUCCGGGGCGUUUGGCUGGACAACCAGACGCUGCUGGACAGCACUUGGUGCUCUGUCAAGGAUCAGGGCGUGCUGCUCUGCAACUAUAUGCUGGGCUUGGGCCUCGAGUGCUGGCUCGUGCUGGGCCAGGCCUGUCCCCAUGGCGAGUGCUCCUUUGUGCUCUAUCGCCAGCCGGAUACGGCCGAACUCCUGUUCGUGGCUCCUGCCAGCGGCAGGCACUACCAGCUGCAGGAUGUCCACUGCCCGCUGAGGCGCGUCUACUGCCUCGUGGGAAAGCAGAACAUGUACUUCAACAUUCAGACAGAGACGCGCGUCAGCAUGACCCACUUUAAUCUGCAGGAUGCCGCCUGCUGGUUUCCGCUCUUCAACAGUCAACAGUCCGCUCCCCAGGGUGGUGUCCAGGUGCUGGACUAUGCCUACAAGCGCAGCUACGAGCUGAGCCAGCUGCAGAAGAACAUUGAGCGCAAGAUCAUGAAGAAGAUCAGUGGCUGGCGCACCACACGCAAGACCAACUGGAAUCGGGCUUUUCAACCGCAGCUACUGAAGAUACUCGGCUACAUGGAGGCUCUGGCCACCUUCUCCAGGGGCCGCUACGAAGAGAUCGCCUACAGCGAGCAGCUGGAACGCGAGAAUCCCAACUCCAAGCUGUACGGCUUUACCCUCAACUUUCCGUACACCAAUCUGGCGGCCGUAUCGGAUCGCAUUCGAUCCACCUGCAUCCACUACAACAACAAUCCGCUGGUGGAGUUCUGCGUGGCGGUGCAGCUCAAGGCGUACGCAAACGAUGUGAUAUCUGUAUGGGUGUUCGUGCUCUCCGCAGUGCCACUGGCGUGAGUCACAGGCAACAAUAAUCCACCGCCAUUGGGAGGCGGGUUCCCCCCGAUCCCACGAUAAGCACUGACACCUUACAAAUUUCACGCGGAAACAUACGAAAUGAUUUUUAUCAGCGAUUUCAAAUGAAAUCUAUUUAAUUUGGUUUACAGCCAAAAAAAAUGUGUACUUCUAUAUAUAUGUAUACUAUAUGUAUAAAUCUAUUGAUAAGCAAUGAAUAACGAGGGCAACGCAGGUAACUUCCACCGCGUUUAGUUCACCGCGCACUCUGGGACCGUCGAGACCUCGGCUAGCACAAGAACGUACCGCAGCAUGUUUCAGAAGCUGGCCAAGGAUUACGAAAAAUUUAAGC